CGCGCCUGCACAUGUGUUUUAGUGGUCAUUACACGCCUCUGACGGCUUACGGCUCAAUAAUGAAGACAUCACUCGACGAAAGCGCAUCCAACUUUCUUAUUCAAGCGUCUCUGCUGUAUAAAGAUACGUGCCCAGAGCUCUCUCGACAUUUACUGCAAGGUCCAAUAGAAGCUGAUGGCCCUUCAAAGAAGUCAAGCUUCCCUGCCUGUCCAUUCUGUUAUCAGUGGUUGAUGCCAGACAACCACCGAGUGAGAGUGCGUCCCAAACAGCGGCCCUCGGCCCGAGUGCAGAGGGUCCUGCGCCGACAGGCUCAAGGAAAAGCUCUGAGUCUGGUGCAGAGAGAUCUGCUGCAGCGCUUUUACAAGUCCUCCUCAGCCCUGAUGGCUACUUGCCACACAUGCAAUAGGACAUCUAGACACAAAGGAAUGGGCAGAGAGUUUAUAAUGACUCUGUCCAGAACUCACAGCAUACCAGGAGGCAGUGGAAAGCACAAGACACCCCAGUCAGGGAGCAGAUCUAGCACAUCCACCCCCAAGACCGGGGCAAAAGAUAAAACGCCUGUGCACACUCCUCGAACCUCCAUCUCAUCUACCCCUUCAGGCUCAGGAUCAACUUCCUCUAAAUCUCCAGCUGCAAAGGGCAAAAACUGGGUUGUGCAACGUCUGAGCAAAAUACUCCUGCGAGAAGACAACCAGGGCAAAAAGAAGGGCGGGUUGAAAGAUUUCCUCUCCUCUCUUUGAAUCUAUUUUAACAUUAUUUGUAAAACAUGUUUGGGGUGGAAGGUAAAUUGUUUUGCUCAUAUGGCAAAAGUGAACGUAUCAUACGUUUCCUAGCCAAUCUUGGAGUUAUUUGCCAAGCUCUGAGUGCUGCCCCAGGAUCUUCUCUCUUCAGUGUGCUAUUGCAGUUCAAUUACAACUUCUGUUGUAAUGUCUAUUAUGGCAGGGCUGUCCAAACUAUGGCCCUGGACCCAAAUGCAGCCCUCAGACCAAUUUGUUUUGUCCCUCAGGCCUUCUGCCGAAUUGGCCCAAAAAAUAAUAAACAGUACUUUUAUUGCUCAUUUACCAGGUAUCGUGACACAUUCAAAGCAUUGUUAAAUGCUCCCAUUUUAAAGACUCACUGUACUGAACAUCAGCCCUCUGCUGUGACUAUAGUAGUGAAAAGAGUUUAAACUCCCCUGAAUUAAAGGGUCAAUGUUUUGUUUUGUUUUUUUCUGUUACUGGGUUUACAGAAGAGUUACUUUAACAAAUGACUUAAAUCCCACAGAGCACUGUGAUAUUUGUCACUGUUUACACAAAUAUUGUUUCAGGAUGAUUAGAUUUACCAAUUAUCUGGUAAAUGUUUAUAUUUUGGGUUUCUUGGGCAUUUUGUCAAUAAAUGCAUACAAAUUUGUUGUAAACUUUGCAAUUGUGUUACAAAAAUAUUUACAGUUUACAUAUACCUGACUUUUCUGUACAUGUACAGAAAACAUGUAAAUACAGUAUAUCCACUGUUAUUAUUUUUUUAUUAUAUUUUUUAUUUUUUAUGUUUUUGUUAACAGUUGUGAUUUGUAUGUAAUCUACUGUAUUUGUACCAACAUACCUGCUUUUCUGUAUUUGAAGUUUGAAGUACACAGUGUUUGUAUCAUGGAUCUAUGAUCAAAUUGGUUUGCGUCCUAAAAUGACCUACCUCUCACACUUAUUUUAUGUCGAUAAAAUAAACAAAUACAUUUUUCUUA